AAUGGCCGCUGAGCGCGGCGGCUCCGGGAGCGGCUCCGGCACCGGGAGCGGGUCCGGGAGCGGCCCCAGCGCAGCCCCCGCGCCCCCCGGCUCCCCGUGCCCCCCACCAUGGCGCAGACGCUGCAGAUGGAGAUCCCCAACUUUGGGAACAGCAUCCUGGAGUGCCUGAACGAGCAGCGGCUGCAGGGGCUGUUCUGCGACGUGUCCGUGGUGGUGAAGGGCCACGCGUUCAAGGCCCACCGGGCCGUGCUGGCCGCCAGCAGCUCCUACUUCCGAGACCUGUUCCACAGCUCCAAGAGCGCCGUGGUGGAGCUGCCGGCGGCCGUGCAGCCCCAGUCCUUCCAGCAGAUCCUCAGCUUCUGCUACACCGGCCGCCUGAGCAUGAACGUGGGCGACCAGUUCCUGCUCAUGUACACGGCGGGCUUCCUGCAGAUCCAGGAGAUCAUGGAGAAGGGCACUGAGUUCUUCCUCAAGGUCAGCUCGCCCAGCUGCGACUCGCAGGGGCUGCACGGCGACGACACGCCGGGCUCGGAGCCGCAGAGCCCGGUGGCGCAGACGUCGGCGGGGCAGGGCUGGGCGCUGCCCCUGGUGUCCCGGGUGAAAACGGAGCAGGGGGAGCCCGACGGCGUCCAGUGCACCUUCGUGUUCAAGCGGCUCUGGGACGGGGGGCCCAAGGACGCCGGGGGCAACGGCAGCAGGAAAAUGGCCAAAUUCUCGGACGCCGCCGCCGCAGCCCCACGCCCGCCCAACCCCCCUGGAGCCAACCCUGCCCCGGCGCCCACCCCGGUGCCACCCGUGGCUGACCAGACCAGCCCCGGGGGCACGUCCAGCGCCUACACGAGCGACAGUCCCGGGUCCUUCCACAACGAGGAGGAUGAGGAGGAGGAUGGGGGUGAGGAAGGCUCAGAUGAGCAGUAUCGGCAGAUCUGCAACAUGUACACCAUGUACAGCAUGAUGAACGUGGGCAUGGCAGCCUCGGAGAAGGUGGAGGCCCUGCCGGAGCAGCCCCCCCCAGAGCCCCGUGCCCGCUUCCGUGUGCGCCAGGACCUGGCAUCGCUGCCGGCCGAGCUUGUCACCCAGAUUGGGAACCGCUGCCACCCCAAGCUCUACGACGAGGGGGACCCUGCUGAGAAGCUGGAGCUCAUCACCGGCACCAACGUGUUCAUCACGCGGGCGCAGCUCAUGAACUGCCACGUCAGCGCGGGCACAAGGCACAAGGUGCUGCUGCGCCGCCUUCUCGCCUCCUUCUUCGACCGGAACACACUGGCCAACAGCUGCGGAACCGGGAUCCGCUCAUCCAGCAACGACCCCAGUCGAAAACCGCUGGACAGUCGGGUGCUGCACGCGGUGAAGUUUUACUGCCAGAAUUUCGCCCCCGACUUCAAGGAGAGCGAGAUGAACGCGAUCGCGGCCGACAUGUGCACGAACGCACGGCGGGUCGUGCGCAAGAGCUGGAUACCCAAACUCAAACUGCUCAUGGCUGAGGGCGAUUCCUACACCUCCUUCAUCAACGACACCGGCAAGCUGGAGCCCGACAUCAUGGGCCCAGAGCCCCCCUUUGAGGCAGGGGGGCCUGAGCCAGAGGGGCCUCCUCCUGGGGAGGGGCUGCAGUGCCCCCCCCCGAUCCCACCCUAGGGACCCCCGAUGGGGAGGGUGGAAGGGGGGACCUGUGUUGGGACGGUUGGGGAAACCCCCUGGGAGCCUCCCUGACUGGGAACACCCCCAGACAGGUCUCCCCAGGGGUAGGGUCCUCCCAUGGGACAGGGAACCCCCCAGACAGAUUCCCCCCGGGGGUAGGGACCUCCCUCCAUGGGACAGGGGACCACUAGGAGUAGGGACCCCACCAGUGGAGGGGGACCCAUGCUGGGAGGGUAGGGGGAGUCCUGUGGUGGAGGCACCCCCCCACCCCCCCACUAAAUGGAGCCCCCAAUGGUAGGGACUCCUCCCAAACAGGGGCCCCCGGGGUAGGGACCCCCACCAUGGGACAGGGACCCCCCCAUGGGACAGGACCCUCCCAACUGGGAACCCACAAGGGUUGUGACCUCCCAAACAGUGACCCCCCACCUGGGCACCCCCAGGGUCAGGGUCCCACUGGCCAGGACCUCAGGGAGGUGUGGGGACUGCUGUGGUGGAGGGACCCCCCAAAAAUGGGCACCUCGAGGGGCAGGGACCCCUCCCAUGGGACAGGGCCCCACCAGAAAUGGACCCUUUUGGUUUAGGGACCCCCAAGACAAGCAGCCCCAGGGACUGGGACCCACCCGUGGGAUGACAGGAACUCCCCCAGAUGGGGAUCCCCAGGAGCUGGGACCCCUCAAGCAGGGACCCCUUUGAUUUAGGGACCCCUGCAAAUGGACCCCCCUGCCCCAAUGGGGCAGGGACCCCCCAACCAGGGACCCCUUUGGUUUAGGGACCCCCCCACAGGCACCCCCUGGGGCAGGGACCCCCAGCAAUGCCCAGUGCCACUGUGGGAUCCCCCCCCAGUUCGGGGGUCUGGUGCCCCCCUGGGCUUUGGGGGCUUGGAGAGGGCAGCGGUUUCUGGGCAGCUGCCCAGAAACUGGCCACAUUUUGGGGGACCUGUGGGGGGGUCUCAGCUUGGGCUCUGGGGGUCCCAUGUCCCCUCCCUGGGGCCAGUGUGACUCCUGGACCGCCCGUGUGGCCCCCAUGUCCCCCCCAUCGUGUUCCCCCCGGGGCCACUGUCUCUGCAGGCACCUGCAUGUGUGUGUCCCCCCCGUGUCCCCCCUGUCCUGUGUGUCCCCUUCAGGGACCCCCAUCCCCCCCAGCAUGUGUCCUUCCUGUGUCCCUCCGAAGGCUGGAGUGUCCCCAGGUGACCCCGUGUCGCCCCCCUGGUCACCUGUUGGUGUGUGUUCUCCCACAGGGGUGACACCUGUGUUUGGGCCCCCCCCCCCCUCCCCUGGCACAAAGGGGAUGUCCCCCCAAGGAGCCAGAACCCCCCCAAAAUGAGGUUGGGACACCCCAGUGGGUCUGGGCUCCUCCAAACUGGGGAGUCCCCCAUCAUUCUCCCCCCCAUCUUGGGGUCUGUCCUUAGUGGGGGUGGGGAUGUGUGACCCGGGGUGGGGGCUGAGCAGGGACUACAGGCGAGCAGGAGCGG